CUUUAGCAUGUGGUAUGGCGGUCACGGCAUGCGGUUGCCAUGUGCCGGAAGCCGAGGACAACUUGUCCUUGUCCUCGGCUAUCGUGCGCCCGCCCUUUUAAAAAAAUUAAUGUAUUUACAGCCUUUGUUUAGUGUAAUCAUUGAUCAGUGGACACACCUCAGCACAGACUAAUUGAUGAGAAAGUUCGUUACAGGUGAAAGUCCACAAAGAUUAAACAUCGGACUGGAAGAGCCACCGCCAUCUCCUUCUCCACGUCGCUGCUUCGCAUGGCUGCCAGGGAAACAGAAGAUGACUCGAAGGGUCAGGAUCACCUUCCACGAGGGCGGAGCCUCAAAACAAAUAAAGAGCCAAAUACGUCCACGGACAUGAUUUACACCAUCGAGGACGUCCCGCCCUGGUACUUGUGUAUUCUCCUGGGACUGCAGCACUACCUGACCUGCUUCAGCGGCACCGUGGCGGUGCCGUUUCUCCUGGCCGAGGCCAUGUGCGUGGGCGAAGACCAGAACACUAUCAGUCAACUGAUUGGAACCAUUUUCACCACCGUCGGAAUCACCACCCUGAUCCAGACCACAGUCGGAGUCAGAUUGCCGCUGUUCCAAGCGUCGGCUUUGGCCUUCCUGGUUCCUGCACAGGCCAUUCUCGGUUUGGACCGCUGGAGUUGUCCAAGUGAUGAGGAGAUUUACGGGAACGGGAGUCUUCCAGUGGACACCUCCCACAUUUGGCAACCUCGUAUCAGAGAGAUUCAGGGCGCCAUCAUUGUGUCAAGCACGGUGGAGCUCCUGAUUGGUCUUCUGGGACUGCCAGGGAUACUGCUGGAAUACAUCGGGCCGCUCACAAUCACUCCGACCGUGUCGCUCAUCGGCCUGUCUGUGUUUACCACGGCAGGAGACCGGGCCGGUUCCCACUGGGGCUUCUCAGCACUGUGUAUUCUCCUCAUUGUACUGUUUGCUCAGUACUUGCGGGCAACUUCACUCCCUGUGCCGGUCUAUAGCAAGAAGAAAGGACUGCGGUUCACCAAAGUCUACGUCUUCAAAAUGUUUCCCAUCAUACUCGCCAUCAUGCUGGUCUGGUUGCUUUGUUACAUCUUCACCCUCACCAACCUCCUACCCUCGGACCCAAAACGUUACGGAUACAAGGCCAGGACCGACGCGCGCGGUGACAUCAUGACUUCAUCUCCCUGGUUCAGAGUUCCUUACCCCUGCCAGUGGGGGUUGCCUGUGGUAACGGUGGCGGGGGUGUUGGGAAUGCUCAGCGCAACCAUGGCAGGCAUCGUUGAGUCCAUCGGUGAUUAUUACGCCUGUGCUCGUCUUUCCGGGGCGGCUCCGCCUCCGGUCCAUGCGAUCAACAGAGGAAUCUUCACAGAGGGACUGUGUUGCAUCAUCGCCGGACUGCUAGGGACUGGAAAUGGCUCCACCUCCUCCAGCCCAAAUAUUGGUGUUCUUGGCAUAACUAAGGUGGGGAGCAGGCGAGUGGUCCAGUACGGGGCGGCCAUCAUGUUGCUGUUAGGAUCCGUUGGGAAGUUCACGGCCUUGUUUGCGUCUCUGCCAGACCCCAUCCUGGGAGGAAUGUUCUGCACGCUCUUUGGUAUGAUCACGGCUGUCGGUCUGUCCAACCUGCAGCUGGUGGAUCUCAACUCCUCCAGAAACCUUUUCGUUCUGGGCUUCUCCAUGUUCUUUGGUCUGACGCUGCCGGCAUACCUGGACGCACACCCCAAGUCCAUCAACACAGGUCUGGCAGAACUGAAUCAGAUCCUGACGGUCCUUCUGUCCACUGAGAUGUUUGUUGGGGGCUUCCUGGCGUUCUGCCUGGAUAACACCAUUCCAGGUUCGAGACAGGAACGCGGUCUCCUGGAAUGGAGGUCUCUGUCGACCUCGUCCACCUCCUACGACCUUCCUGUCGGGAUGGCGCUCAUCCGGCGGACGCGCUGCCUCAGGAACUUCCCCAUCAGCCCCACGUUCAGAGGUUGGACUUUGCCUGACGGCCCGCACCCUCCUGGUGAGAGCGAGACGCAAGGAAAAGAGGAGGCGGAGCUAGAAAUAGUGGGGGAGGAGCUUAGACCAGAGGAGGAAGAUGAAAAGUCAACCAAGGUCUAAGGGCCUGACCCAAGAUCCAAAUAGCAGGUGCGAAACAGCGUGUACAAAAAUUAGUGUGUACUAUAAGUGUGUGCAAAGUAUAAUAUAGUGUGUACUAUAAG